GGUGGCACGAGAGCGCGGCCCUGAGCGCGCCCGGACCGCGGCUGCCCGGCUCGGGUCACCAUGGCAACGCGGCGGGACCGGAGGCCGCUCCCGGCGGGCGUGUGCGCGCGAGAAUUACUACCAAACUCUACUCAUUGGGCCAGAGACCCGUGUGGUAUUUGAAAAAGACUUGCCCCUCGCAUAGCAUACUACCUGCACCUAAAAUUAUCAGUCCGUGAUGGGUUGGAAAUAAAAGAGCCAAGGAACGUCCUCCUGAGUGCUGGAUCUCCAGGAGCCCCACACCGCUGGCAGGAGCAGAGUGUGGGGCUGAGGGGGCGUUGGCUCUCAGAGGCUGGCGGGCCCCAGCGCUUGCUCAGCUCCUUAGCGGCCCCGUUUUUUCAUCUGCAAAGUGGGAGAGCCCUCCGUGAGCCUGUUUUGAAGGACCUAGCUCUUGUUGGUAUCUGAUGCUGCCGCCGCCCUCAGAGCAGGCCCUGGGCCCGCCGCUGCCUGGCAAGGAGGACAAGGGCAGAGCCCCGCAGGCCCCCUGCUGCCAGCCAAGGGAGACCGCGCUGCAGGACGCGUACAGCCAGCUGCACCAGGUGCAGGGGGCGCUGCGGCGCCUGCAGGAGGACUUCGUCCACAACCUGCAGGUGCUGGAGGAGCGGGACCGUGAGCUGGAGCGGUACGACGCGGCCUUCGCCCAGGCCCGAGGGCUGGAGGAGGCGCGGCAGGCGGAGGUGAGCGAGCUCAGGGUGGAGGCGGCCCGGCUGAGGCAGGCGCUCGCCAGCGAGGCCCGGCGACGGGAGGACCUGCAGCGGCAGCACCAACUGAAGCUGCAGGAGCACCGGCUGGAGCUGGAGCGCGUCCACAGUGACAAGAACAGCGAGAUGGACCAGCAGCGGGAACAGUACGAAAACCUGAAAUGGAAGCUGGAGAGAAAGCUCAAGGAGCUCGAUGGCGAACUUGCUCUGCAGAGGCAGGAACUGCUGCUGGAAUUCGAGUCUGAAAUGCGGAAGAGGGAGCACGGGUUCCGCCUGCAGGCGGACAGCAUGAGCAACAUGGUCUUGACUCAUGAGCUCAAGGUAAAGCUGCUGAACAAGGAGCUUGUGGCUCUGAAGGAAGCGGCUGCACAGGCCGCGGAGUCGCUGCGGAGCGCCGAGGCUGCCAACGCGGGGCUGGAGGAAAAGCUGCAGCACAGUGGCCAGGAGCUCAGGGACCUGGCUGCCGCCAAGGACGCCCGGAUAAAGGACUUAGAGGGCAAACUAAACUGUGUGCAGCUCUCCAGGAAGAAGGAAGAGGAGGUGUUCAGGAGGAAGCACGAGGAGCUCGACCAUCUGGCCAGGGAGAGGGACGCGGUGCUGGCGGCUGUGAAGGGCGCCCACGCGGAGCAGCUGCAGGUGCUGGAGGCCAGGGCUCUGGGGCUGCAGGCCCGCUGUGAGGCCCUGGAGCUGCAGCUCCGCAGGGCAGAGUGGAGGCAGGUCGAUGCCUUGAAGGAGAAGGAUGCCGCCAUGGACAAACUUCGGGAAGAUGCAUCAGCUCUAAAAUCCGGCUGGGAUGCCCAGAUUGCUCAGCUGUCCAAGGAGAUGAUCUCCAAGGACCUUCAGCUUCAGUCGCUGCAGGGAGAGGAGGUAGAACUCAAGGCACAUCUGGCCAGAUGCCAGCAGGACAUCGGAAGGUACAAACAGCAGCUGUCCAUGGCUGCGGAGAGGGAGCGGGGCCUGGAGCGUGAGAAGGUGCAGCUGGAGCUGGACUGGCGGCAGCGCUGUGAUGGUGUGGAGAGGGACCACUACCGCAAGUCCGAGGACCUGAUUCAGGCCCUGACCGAGGCGCGGGAUCAGGUUGCUGCCAAGCUCCAGGAGACAGAGCGGACGCUGCGUGACCAGGAGGUGGUGCUGAAGGCCUUGACCCUGGAGAGAGACCAGGCCGUGCAGGCGUUGAGGACACACGGGCUCCUUCCUGAGAAGGAGGUGCAGAUGCUCCUAAGGCAUCACGAGGAAGAAAUAAGGGGAAGUUUUCCAUCUAGUGAGAUCCAGAGGCUCCAGGAGCAAAACACAAGCUUACGAAGGGCUGUUUCAGAGAUGAGGAAAGAAAUGGAGACCCUGAGUGACCACAUUCUUCCUCCUGCCCCAUCAGGGGGUCAGGCCUCCGACACAGAGCAGCCCCGUCCAAGCCCAGAGGCAGCAGCUGAGGCUACUGAUCACGUUACGGCCCUUGAAACAGAAAUACGAAAUCUAAAGCAUAAAUUUAAAACCUUGGAGGAACAAGUAGAAGAUGUGUUAGAUCCUUCAAAGAGGUCCUCCCCUCACACCGACUUUCAGCCCAGCGUCUACACCUCGGCCGAAGUCCCUGGAGGAGCUGCGUCAGCUGAUGGUUCACCCAUUGGGCUAGCACUCAGGAGGCUCAGGGACAGGGCACACCUCACGAACUUCCUGGUGGCCCGACUCAAGCGGAAGGUGCUGCAGCGACCCCUGGACAUGGACACCAUCCAGCACGAGCUUCCCCGUGAGGUGGACCAGGUGCACCUGGAGGUUUCAGAGCUGCGGAAGCAGGUGGCUGAGCUUGAGGAGCAUCUUGGGAGCAGGCCACAGUUGCAAGCCUUGGACAAGGUGGCCCCUGGGAAGGAGGUCCGUGAAGACCAAGGACCCACAGGGACAGAGGACCAAGGGCCACAGCCCCCACAGGCCUUGUCUGUGCCCCAACUCCAGAGAAAACUAAAGGAGGCAGCCCAAAAAAUCCUCCGCCUCUGCCUGGAGAAAGAACAGCUCCUGGAGAUGGGGAACAGGCUCCGUGCAGAGCUGGGCCACCAUGCCCCAGGGAAACCACCUCGUCACCCCCUGCCCACCCCUGAGGCCCAGAACCGUAGUGUCGCACCUGAGGCCCCUUUGGGACAGUUGCAACCCCAUUUUGCAACUCAGGACUCUAAGAACACCAAGAAAAAUUGUGUCUCUGAAUGCUCGGGCAAGGUCCAACCCCGCUCGGCCCAGACAGUGGGGAGAAACGAUCCUCCUCAGGGCUGGACAGCAGGAGCAGUGGCCGGGGCAGGGCAGAGGCAACACAAAAUCUCUACAGUGACUUGCAGAUCAACUCGGCACAAAGAAAACCGGUCCCCAAAGCCACGCCCAGCUCAAGAAUCCCACAGGGAAAAUGGCCACCACACCAGAAGCUCCUCAUCAGCAGCCAGCGGUCCCCUCCAGGACACGUGGAAGUUACUGGACCUGGGAUCCAGCCCCUCUGGCCUCACCUCCCAGGAUGACUCUGCACCAGAAUAUUUCCAUACAGAUCUCUCUACAGAGAUGACACCUAAAUCAGAUAACCACAUUGCCAGGCUGUUCUUAAUCAAUGAUCCAGAUAAAAACAAAACCAGCUACCUCGUGUUCAUGGCCCAAACGUUUCUGGAGCCUCUGCCAGCGCCACAGAGAACUGGCGUGCGCCUCUCUGCGGUGGGUCCCUUUCUCCGCAGCUCUUGGAGCUCGGAGGCCGGGGCUCUGCGUUCCGAUGAAGAGACCUGGGCCCAGAGAUGCUAGGUUGCUCCCCUAAGGUCUCACAGCUCCCAGUCAGCAGAUUAGGAUCAGAGUCCAAGCCAUUGCACUCCAGACCUUGAGCCCACUGGCUGAGAAGAGUCCCAGACACAGUGCCCAUGGGCACCAGGCCCCAGAUGGCAGCGUGAAGACCUCCAGGGGCUGUGCUAACCACCAGGCAGUACUCUGUGUGGGGAUGCUGAUGGCCUGACAGGCUGGCUCUUUCUAGCAGAUGAUGCCAUCCUACGGUUGCUCCUCAAUGGCAGAUGGUCCAACGAGCCAGAUCUUCCCAUUUUUCAAGAGAAGCUGGAAAUCUUGUUUUUUAUAUAGAAUGUUUUCAUUUUAGAAUAUUGGCAAAUAAUUAAAAAAUCAAAACAAAAUGUGGGCCAAAUUACAGCUCAGUUUGUGAGCUACACACUUCUGUGAGCCAGACUCAGCCAUGCCUAGUGAUGUGUGGCCCUUCAGCUAGGAACUGUGUCCAUGAUUUUACGUGGUUGAGAAAAAGACAGAGAAAAUGCUACAGUGACCUGGAUCGGCUAGCCAGGUGGGCUCCAGAGAGAAGUCCAGCCUCUGGCAAAGCUCCUCCCCAGACUGGGAAUCUGGUGACUGCUGGUAAAACUGGGCUUCUCUUUACUGGAGAGUCACCGUAUGUUCCUGCGUGUUAUUGCAGGGCAAACACACCAGACCCUCCUGGGCUUGCCCUUGCGUCCGUCCUGCAGUGUGUCACCUGCCUCUGAGUGGGGCUGAGUGGGACCCCAGGACACGCUGCCCUGUCUGUCCCCCUCUUGGUGUCUCGUGCUCUUGAGUGGAGGCUGUCCCGUGCCUUCCCUGGAAGGGUGCAUGGACUCAGGAGCAGUGUUUUGGACCUUCCUCUGAAAUCAGAUUGGUUCAGGUGUGGCUCUGCCAGCCCAGCCCCGGUCUGAAGUCAUAAAAACAUACUG